ACAACAGAAAGACAGAAGAAUAAAAAAGAAAAGAAAAGAAAAACACUUCCUCGUCUGUUCGUUUUUUCUUCCUUCACUUCCUUACUCCCCCCGUCCGUCCGUCUCUCUCACUCUCUCUCUCUCCUUCUCGCGCACUCAUUUAGUUCGGAGAAAACAUGAAGGAAAAGAGGAGCAAAUUCCAGCGGGGACCAAAGUCAAAUAAAAGUUUCUCCUGAACUGGGAUCUCAUCAUUACCGAGCGGAUGGACGGACAGGAAGGGAAAUAUAAAUUCAAGUCCUUGCCGUGAUAAGCGCUUAGAUGAAUAAACAAUCGCUGAAGUCAUAAACUGCGCUCGCUCGUGAAUGUGUGACAGUCGCGCCCGCGUGCGUUGAGCCAGCCGGACUCGAGGCAUUGGAGAGGGCUCAAGUUCUAUCCACUGAAGGUCAGAGACUUCAAACCGAGAAGCAGAGGCGUCGCCACCCGUCGAUUCAGCAGCCAUGGCCGGGGCGAAACCGGGAGUACACGCGUUGCAACUCAAACCGGUGUCUGUCCAUGAGGUGCUCAAACGGGGGAGCAAGUUUAUUAAAUGGGACGAGGAGGCCAACAGCACACCCAGCCUUGUAACCCUUAAAGUGGACCCAGAUGGAUUCUUCCUCUACUGGUCUGGAGGGAACAACAUGGAUGUGGAAAUCCUGGACAUCAGUCAAAUCAGGGACACCAGGACUGGGAGGUUUGCCAAGAUGCCAAAGGACCAACGUAUACGUGAUACACUGGGUUUCAACAAAGCAGACAGCAGCCCAGAAACAAAGCUGCUAACUAUCGUCUACGGCAAUGACCUGGUCAACAUCUCCUUCCUCAACUUCCAAGCUGUGCAGGAAGGCUAUUGCAAGGAGUGGACUGAUGAGCUGUUUAAACUUGCCACAAACAUACUUUCCCAGAAUGCUUCCCGCAACACCUUCUUCUUCAAAGCUUACACCAAGCUGAAGCUGCAGGUAAAUCAGGAUGGGAAAAUCCCAGUGAAGAACAUCCUGAAAAUGUUCUCAGAUAAGAAACGUGUGGAGAUGGCGCUGGAGCACAGCGGUCUGGUCAAUAACAGGGCGGAUGGUAUAAAGCCAGAUGACUUCACCUGGGAAAUGUUCCAGAACUUUCUCAACAAACUCAGUCCCAGACCGGAGGUGGAGCGUAUCUUCGUGGAGCUUGGCUCCAAAGGGAAGCCCUUCCUGUCUCUGGAUCAGCUGAUGGACUUUAUAAACCGCAAACAGAGAGAUUCUCGACUAAAUGAGGUUCUUUACCCACCACUCAAGCGAGAUCAGGUCCGCCAGCUCAUGGAGAGAUAUGAGACCAACACCAGCCAGCUGGAGAGAGAUCAGAUCUCCCUGAUGGGCUUCACAAAAUAUCUUGGAGGUGAUGAGAACUCUGUGGUUCCUCCUGAGAGGUUGGACAUCAUCGAUGAUAUGAACCAACCCCUGUCCCACUAUUUCAUCAACUCCUCACACAACACAUACCUCACAGUGGGUCAGUUGACGGGCCUGUCUUCAGUGGAGAUGUACAGGCAGGUGUUGCUGACAGGAUGCCGCUGUAUAGAGCUGGACUGCUGGAAGGGCCGCCCACCUGAGGAAGAGCCAAUCAUCACGCACGGUUUUACCAUGACAACUGAGAUAUCGUUCAAGGAAGUGAUCGAGGCCAUCGCUGAAAGUGCGUUCAAGACGUCUCCCUACCCUCUCAUCCUGUCCUUCGAAAAUCACGUGGACUCGGCAAAGCAGCAGGCUAAAAUGGCAGAGUACUGUCGCUCUAUGUUCGGGGAUGCGCUGCUCAUUGAACCCCUGGAGAAAUAUCCGCUGGUUCCUGGUCAAUCGCUGCCAAGCCCCCAGGAACUCAUGGGGAAGAUCUUGAUCAAGAACAAGAAGAAACAUCAGCACAGGGCCUCAAAUGGUGGGAGCAUCAGACGCAAGGACGGGACAGAUGAGCAGUCCUCACCUUUGAAUGAUUGUCCAUUGUCUGAUGGGGAGGUGGGCCAGCUCAUGUCCAAUGGGGGCGAGAAGCUUGCAGAGAGGAUGGCCAAAGAUCUUGAUAUCCGCAAGUCUAUUGAUCGGGGAGAUGGGGACAGUGAAGAAGAGGAGGAAGAGGAACCCAUUCCAGAUCCAAAGAAACACAACAACACUGAUGAGGGCACUGCGUACAGUGAGGUGAAUGCUACAGAAGAGAUGUCUACGCUGGUCAACUACAUUGAACCUGUCAAAUUCAAAUCCUUUGAGGUGGCAACCAAGAGGAAUAAAUAUUUUGAGAUGUCAUCUUUUGUGGAAACCAAAGGCAUGGACACAUUGAAGAACUCUCCCAGCGAGUUUGUUGAAUACAAUAAGAAGCAGCUGAGUCGGAUCUACCCCAAAGGGACUCGUGUGGACUCCAGUAACUAUAUGCCACAGCUCUUCUGGAACGUGGGUUGCCAAAUGGUGGCGCUAAACUUCCAAACUCUCGACUUGCCGAUGCAGCUGAACAUGGGGGUGUUUGAAUAUAACGGCCACUGUGGUUAUCUCCUGAAGCCAGAGUUCAUGAGACGCACGGACAAACACUUCGACCCCUUUACUAUGGACAUUGUGGAUGGCAUCGUAGCCAACACAGUUAAAAUCAGGAUCAUCUCAGGUCAGUUUCUGAACGAUAAGAAGGUUGGGGUUUACGUGGAGGUGGACAUGUUUGGGCUUCCCGCAGACACUAAAAGGAAAUAUCGAACGAAAACUUCUAACAACAACUCUCUGGACCCGGUCUGGGAUGAUGAAACCUUUUUGUUCAACAAGGUGGUGUUGCCCACCCUUGCAUCUCUGCGAAUAGCAGUGUAUGAAGAAAAUGGAAAGUUUAUUGGCCAUCGCAUCUUGCCAGUAUCUGCAAUGCGACCAGGAUAUCACUACAUCUGUCUGAAGAAUGAGCUGAACCAACCGCUCAUGCUGUCAUCCCUACUUGUGUACACUGAGGCACAAGACUACAUUCCCAAUGAACACCAAGAGUAUGCAGAGGCUCUGACAAACCCCAUCAAACAUCUCUCUCUACUGGCCCAGAGAGAAAGACAGCUUUUAGCACUUAUGGAGGAUCUCACUGAGGGUGGACCUAUGAAACAAGAUGAAGGAGACAAAAUUGACAGUGGCUCUGUGACCUUUGACCCUAUUUGUCCUCUGUCAUCUCCAACACUUCCUUCUGUAGUCACUGAGGUCAUGAACCCUCCUGCAUCAGGCCAAAAAGAAGAUUUUGUCAACAGUGUUCUUAAAGUAAUCGAACCUCAAUCUAUUGAUGAGCUCAAACAGCACAACUCCUACCUUAAGCUGUUGAAGAAGCAAUGCAAGGAACUCAAGGAGCUGAAAAAGAAACAUCUCAAAAAGGUGUGGGCUCUCAGUAAGGAACAAAGGACUCGCUGUAGUCAACUGAACUCUGACCUCCAGAGGAAACGGAGUCAGGUGGAGAAGCGUCUGCGCUCCAGUCUGAAGAAAAAUGGGUCAGAGGAGAGUCAGAGGGAAUUGAUUGAGCUGGAUCUGGAGGUGCAGAAACAGAUGGACCAGUUCAAAGCGGAGCACAUGCAGGAGGUUCUUGAGCUUAGACAGGCACAGCAUCAGACAGAGAAAGAGGCUAAACAAUUCCACCUCAGAGAGGCCAAUCAGAAACUAAAGGAAAUCGCCCAAGAAUGCCAAGCAGCCCAGAUCAAGAAGCUCAAGGAUGUGUGUGACAAAGAAAAGAAAGAGUUACAGAAGAUGCUGGACCGGAAGAGGCUGAACAGCAUCAUUGAGGCCAAGAAAGCAGAUAAGGACAAGGCUGAGGCCAGGGAGUUGAAUGAGAUCAAUAGAAAACAUAUCAAUGAUUCGGUCAACUUAAUCCGCCAGCUGGAAGUGUCUCAAGGGAAGCGUCAAGAGAAGUUAAAAGCCCUUCACAAGGACAUCCUUCAGAAAAUUGAGGAGGAGGUUCCUAUGGAUCAGGCCCGUUUGACACGCGACUGCGAGGCAGAGCUGAAGCGCUUGCCGGAAGAGGUCUCUCAGUAUCUGCAGGAGAUCGAGAGCAGUGGCUCCCGGAAAGAGACUCUGAUGGGUCAGGCCAAUGACAGCCACAGCUCCGGCCCCGCCUCGAACUCCAGCACGCCCCCUUAUUCCUCCCCUAACCACAGCUGGAGCAACAUUUCCAAUAUCUCGUCCUGAGUGCUGGACUCCUCCUCCACCUCAAACACUCCCGUCUAGUCAAAGACGGACGGAUACUACAGGAGUGUAUUAGUGAUACUAUCUUUGUUUAAUUUGUUUUUCUUAUCACUCUUUCCAAUCCAUUUCUGUCCGCAGUGGAUUUUAAGAAUAGAUAUAGUAUUACUAAAAGUUGUAUGCAUUCUCUUAUGAUUGUUUUUAUUUUUUUUUAGCUUGCGUACACUUUACCACCUUGUCUGUCUGAAUCAGUUCUUUUUAACCAAAAUCUUGUUUUAAUCCAUAAACAGUGGAUUUUAUCAAGCUUUAAUAAUCCGGGCUCUAUCUAAUUCAUACUACCACCUGUAUGCAAGAUACCUGUGGAAACCAGAGGGAUGGGGCUUUUCUAUUUAUUUUCGGAUGUAUAUUGUGCACUUUUGCAGCUUUAUUGGUAGUGCAGCGAGUUGUCCUAUAGGUGGCAGUGUAAUUUUGGCAGUAGUGAAUUCUGACGCUGUGAUGCUAGCAAGGCUCAUGCUUAGUCUUAAAGGUACAUGUUUACAUAAUGCACAGAUGGACUAUUUCUUACUCCCCCCAACACAAUUCAUUUUUCCACAGCGACGAAACAUCGGUCUUGUGAAUGUUGAUCAGGCCAUGAGCACACUGUCUGAAAAAUGCAGAUUACGCAGCUUUUCACUGGGGCAAUACCCUCAAGGGACAACUUUGUACCUAAUCUUCCCCCCCAAAAAGUGCAUAUUAGUACCAAUUUGUUCAUAAAAACUAAUAAGUAUCCUUAAAGUGAUAACUUUUAGGGCUAAAUAAGGUGCUAAAUUGACCAUUUUAGGGGUACCGCCUCAGUGACAAGAUGCUGUAGGCCUAAAAUGCAAUUUCUGCACAUAUUUUCCUAAAAGUGUAUAUUGUUUUUGUGUCCGAUGACACUAAAAUGUUUAAGUGCCUCACAUAUGCAUGUAUUUCGCUUGAACUCUCUCACCCAGUUAAUGCAUUCUAAAAUCCCAUAAUCCCCCGCUCUCUUUCCUUUACCUCCCCCGUAUCUGUCUCUCUAUCGGUUGGUUUAAUCUAAUCUAAUCCAGAUUCAGUGUAAUUGGCAGUGAUCCCGCAUCUCACAACAAAUCCAGUGAUGUCUAGGAAACUUCAACCUGCCGAACCCUUUUGAAUCUUGUCACGUUCUGGGUGCGGUGUCAGGAACACUGUGCACAAAUCCCUCGUCUGGCUUUAUCGGGGUCUAUUCAGAGUCGUGUUGCAUAACAUGCAGCAAAGCAGAGCAUAUGAGAUGAGUUUUUAAUGUGAGAUUGAAGCAAGACUUUUAUAGCUUAGCUCUGAUCACCACAAUCCAGGGCUUUUUUAAUCCAUUAGAAUGUAUGAUGUUUGGAUUUUGCUUUCUCGUACUGUAAUCUGGUCAGCUGCCCCCCCCCACUUCCUGUUUACUUUCAUAUAUUUGGUCAGUUUUUUAGUUUGAUGUCCAUGUGCAUCUUUUCCGCACCUUGUUUUCCAUUCUCUUCGUGUCUCUCAGGGCUUCGCGGCUUAAUAUUAAGGCAGUUGGAGUUGAGCGAGCCUCAUUCUCACUGGUGUGCUUGGUGCAUAAUGAUCUCAAUGGAAGCACUUUGAGAAAGACAGUGAUUUCAGCACUUAUGAUAAUCAAACAAUUACAUUUGCUGAGCGAGUAACAUAAUAUGCAUCAUGGACAUGACGGUUCUUCUGCAUGCUUGGAUGGUAACAUUUCUAGUGUAAUUUACAAAGCGUGUGUGUGUGUGUGUGUGAGGUAAGCGCUGGCUGUGAGAAUGAAGACUGCACAGUAGAGUUUAGAAGGCCAGAAGCCAAAGGGCUGAAAGAGAUGAGAUGGACAACACUAUCGUUUGCUAUGAGAAGAGAGCAUGAGCUUAUGUGACUCAGCCCACACAGUAUAAUGUGUUCAUAUGUUAAGUCAAUAGCUUUAUUUACCCAUAUGGACAGGGAUAAAUGGUACUUGCAUGGAAACAUUUCCUCUCUCCAUGUCUUGUUAUCUUUGGAGAGGGACAUUAGUGUUGUACAUUCUACCAGGAAAUAUUAAAGUGUGUAUUUCAGUCGAAACCACAUAGAAGUUUAUAUCCAUCUACAUAGAAUUCAUUCCAUUUUAGACAUAAAUGAAUUUUACUACUGACUAGAGAAGAAGUUGAAGGUGACGUGUGUCUUUUUGCUUGCAUCUUAGGCUGAUCUAGUGUCCCAAAAACACGUGCGCACUGUACAGUCAACCUAAGCACCUUUCAGUCUUCUGCUGCCUGUCCGGCAUUUGAUUUCUUACCUUAAAUUAGGUGCAGGUGUUUUUUUUUUUUUGUUUGUUUGUUUUUGAGAAACACCCCAGUACUUUAUGGCCUGUAUUUUUAUUUUUAUGAUUAUGACACUUUAUGGUCGUCUUGUUCUUUACAGUGGCAUGAUUCUGUAGUGUUCCUAUGAUACUGUAUAUCUCAUUAUGGUUCGGUUUUGUUUAUAGACUGUAGUAAUGGUACUAUUUUAUCAUUUAAAAACCCAUCAAUUCCUUUUUGAAAUCAUGUAAUUUAGAAACCCACUUUUUAUUGUAUUAAAAUGGGACGAAAUUCAGGUGGUUGUUCUGAUUUUGAAUUUUCUUUUGAUUUUAGCACCUUUUAUUGUUGUUUUAUUAAUGCUUGCAAAGCAUGUCCUGUAAAUUGACUGUUGUUGGUACAGGUUUUUUUCUUCUUCUUUCAAAGCAGACAUUAGCAUGCCAAGUUCAGUUUAUAAUCAGACAUCCUCAGGGGACAAGCCAGGCUGGUCCAUCACACAUGUGGGCCAAACUGAGUGAUGCUGGUGUGUGUACUGAAAUCAGUGAGGACUGUAGUCAGACUUUAAGGGACAAAACAUGCUUACCCAAGGGCUAACUUGUGCUCUGCCUCAAUUACAGCUUUAACCAAGUACAUAUGUCAUCUCUUUCUGCAUGUGUCUCUUUAUCACCUUCCUACCGAAACACUCUUUUGUUAACACUGUAUGUAGAUAAUGUACUGGUCUGCCUUGUUUAAAGGGAACAUUAUUACUCUGGAUGUAAUUUUUAUUGCCUCGAUAAAUAAUAUUACUGUACAUUCAAUAAAUACAAAACAUUGUCAGAAA